AUGGCUGACGUCGACAUGACCGAUGCUCCACCCAAGGCGGUGGCGACGAGCAAGGCUGGUGCAAAAGGCGGCGAAGCGGAUGGCAAGAAGCGAUUCGAGGUCAAGAAGUGGAACGCCGUCGCGCUCUGGGCAUGGGACAUCGUUGUGGAUAACUGCGCCAUUUGCAGAAACCACAUCAUGGACUUGUGUAUCGACUGUCAGGCCAACCAAGCUUCGGCGACCAGCGAGGAGUGCACAGUCGCUUGGGGAAUCUGCAAUCACGCCUUCCACUUCCACUGCAUCUCGAGAUGGCUCAAGACACGCCAGGUCUGCCCGCUGGACAAUCGAGACUGGGAGUUCCAGAAGUAUGGUCGCUGA